AUGCCAGAAAAGCGGAGGACGUGGGAGUGUUCCACAGCUUGUCGAAAUAGCAGCCGGGAUGUUAACUUUCUCACAAAUUUCACUGAACCAACUUCGCAAGCUGUCCCGGAUUCGCUACUACAGUUGAAAUUGAGCGAGGAUGCGAGGCAAGUUUCCAUUUUUUCGUUAUUGUAUCUGCCAAGAUCAUCGCUGACCAUACUUCAUGAGCUGAGCUUUUUAGCGGAAGCUUCCCGUAUUCAUGACAGUAUGCAAAGAAAGACUGAAUCGUCGGCUCAAAUAGCUUAUGAUAUCUGGCAGCUGUUUGGACAGUUCGUACAUGACAGUGCUCCAGAACGAAUUGAAUUCGAUGAGGAAAUUGUUAGCGAGUUCAAAGCUGCAGUGGAGUGCAACAAUCUGCUCCUGCUCGAUAAGAUCAUUCGAAAAGUCCUAUCAAGUCGUCUAUCAGCGAAUGCAAAGUAUUUGUGUGGUAGUCCACCAGUCUGCGUGAAUGAGUUGAUUGAUCAGCGCUCUGUGCCAAGGAAGUCAUCAGUGUCAUCGGGCCCAUUUUCAUUGGCCCAGUUC